ACCUCGUGAGUGGACUUCACUACAUUUGUCUGCCACCAAACCUUUUUCUAUUUCUAAAAACCGCCCUUUCUUUUACCAAAAUAUCCUCUACUCAGUACUCAUCCAUUUAAUUUCUCUUCAUUGUAAUAAUAUUAUCCAACAUGAUUUUCUUGUUAACUGUAAAUCUGUAAUCAAUUACGGGUACCACAAAAUCCUGUUAAUUUCAGACAAAAUCUUUGGACAUAUUUUGUUCUCAAUGAUGAUUUAUUUGGUUAGAUGUUGAGGGUAGUUUUGUAAAUGACUAAUAAUACAGGAAACAUUUUGGACAUUGUGAUGUGUCCGUGAAUAGCAGCUUUUGUAAGAUAUCUAGAAAGAAAGAAUCCAGAGUCUGGCUCUCACUCUCUUCAGUCGUCACUACAGACUACAGACUACAGACUACAGAGUCAGUGAAGUGUUUCUUCGAAAACUCACAUAGAUUCCAUUCCAUGUCACUUUGCAAGAAAAUAACACUUUCUGGCGAACCAAACAACUUUUCGAGGAACUGACUGGAAAUGUCACUACCCAACCUCACUUCUUCUUUCAUGUCUUUUUUCAUUCUUCUUCUUCUUCAAACAUUCCUUGUAUUACGGACCUCAAUUGCUGUUCAUUCCCUGCAACUCGGAGGGGUUACAAGUUUGGGUGUUUCUCUUACAAAGAAUGAGACAGGUGUUAUCGUCGCUGGCAACUCUACAAUUUUAAGCGAAAACCAGACGUUCGAGCUUGGGUUCUUCUCAACAAAUGAGGAAGCUGGCUGGUAUUUGGGAAUUUGGUACGCUUCAAAUUCAAUUCCUACACCAACAUAUGUUUGGGUUGCAAAUCGUGAAAAACCCAUUAUGAGUUUAACACUAUCUACACUUCAAAUCACUGAAACUGGUAAAUUAGCAAUUAAAGAUUCGCAAAACUCUAUCAUUUGGCAAACCACAAACACUGAAAAGGCAACUCAUUUUUCUUUCUUAGACUCUGGGAAUUUUGUUCUAUUAUCACCUGAGGGUUUACUAGUGUGGCAAAGUUUUGAACACCCAACUGACACGUGGCUUCCUGGCAUGAACCUCAGUAGUGAUAGAUCUUUAACUUCUUGGAAGAGUUUGUCCGAUCCAUCACCUGGUUUUUACUCACUGAGGCUAAAACCAAGAGGCUACAAUGAAAUUGAACUUGUGUACAAUGGUACUAUUGUUUACUGGUCUACUGGGAACUGGACUGGUAAUUCAUUUGUUAAUGUACCAGAAAUGACCAUCCCUUAUAUAUACAAGUUCUAUUUCGUGAACCCGCGCAAGCCCACGGCGACGUUUGGUUACACAGAAAAGUCAAUCGACAGCGGAUUAAAGCCGCCAUUGACAAAGUUUCAUUUGGAUCCAAGUGGACAGCUUAAGCAGUAUACUUGGUCACAGCAGAAUGAAAAUUGGAACAUGUUCUGGUCACGGCCGGAAGAUAAGUGCAGAGUUUAUGGUUUAUGUGGUAAUUUUGGGUUUUGUCAGGGCACAAUGUUAAGGCCUUGUACAUGUUUUAGUGGGUUUAGGCCAUCUGAUGGUAAUGGCUGGGAUUCUGGCGAUUACUCCAGUGGUUGUAUCCGCACGAGUAAUGAUUUGUGUCAUCAGAGUGAUAUGUUUGAGGAGGUUGGUGUUGUGGGGUUUGUGGGUGCUGUUACUGAAUCAUUUUCGGCUAGUAGGAAGGUCUGUGAGAGUUCUUGUUUAAGUAAUUGCUCUUGUAUCGGGUUGUAUCAUAAUGCCGGAACUAAUUUGUGCAAGAAUGUGUUUGGGAAACUCUUGAAUCUGAGGAAUUUGACGACUGAUAGCACAACCGAGGAUGUGUUGUAUGUUAGAGUGCAAAGGGGAGGUACUGCAAAGAAAAAUAUAUCAACAACAGUGAUUUUAGUUGUUGGCAUUGUUGGAUCAUUUGCUAUUUUUGCAUUAACAGCGGUGGUGUUGCUGAUUUUACGGAAGAGAAGAGAGAAGAAGAAGGGUAAGGAUGAAGAUGGUGUAUUUUCAGUGCUGAAUUUGAAGGUUUUUUCUUACAAAGAACUUCACACAGUGACAAGGGGUUUCUCAGACAAACUUGGGCAUGGUGGAUUCGGGACAGUUUUUCAAGGAGAGUUAUCAGAUGCUACUAUUGUUGCAGUGAAACGCCUUGAAAGGCCUGGAAGUGGAGAGAAGGAGUUCAGGGCAGAGGUUUGCACUAUUGGCAACAUUCAACAUGUUAAUCUAGUGAGACUUAGAGGUUUUUGCUCAGAGAAUUCUCACAGACUAUUGGUUUAUGAUUACAUGCCAAAUGGUCCUUUGAGUUCUUAUUUACGCCAAGGUAGUCCUAAUAUAAGCUGGGAUAUUAGAUUUCGGAUAGCCAUUGGUACGGCUAGAGGUAUUGCAUACUUACAUGAGGAAUGCAGAGACUGCAUCAUCCAUUGUGAUAUCAAACCGGAAAACAUUCUUUUGGAUAGUGAUUAUACAGCCAAGGUAUCAGAUUUUGGACUAGCAAAGUUAAUUGGUCGGGACUUUAGCCGAGUAUUGGCCACAAUGAGGGGCACUUGGGGCUAUGUAGCACCGGAAUGGAUAUCUGGAUUGGCAAUUACAGCAAAAGCUGAUGUUUAUAGCUAUGGAAUGACAUUGUUAGAGUUAAUAGGAGGUCGCAGAAACGUUGAGGCACCAGCUUCUGGAGGCAAUGGUAAUGUUGAUGGUGGUGGUGGAGCUGAAUAUGGGGAAAAAUGGUUUUUCCCUCCAUGGGCAGCACGACAAAUAAUCGAGGGCAAUGUGGCAGCAAUCGUGGAUGAUAGACUAGGUGGAGUUUAUAAUGUUGAGGAGGCAGAGCGUGUUGCUUUGGUGGCAAUUUGGUGCAUACAAGAUAACGAGGAAAUGAGGCCUACAAUGGGGAUGGUGGUUAAGAUGUUGGAGGGAGUAGUGGAGGUGACCACUCCUCCACCACCAAGACUAAUACAAGCACUUGUUUCCGGGGAGUCAUAUCACGGAAUCAGGAUGGAUUCCAACAAUGGGGCAUCCAUUGCUGGUGACUGUUCUGGCAAUAUAAGAGUAUCAACUGGAGGUUCACAUUCAUCUUCUGGAAAUGUCUCUUCCCCAAUGAAUGUUUUAACUGACAAAUUUGUCGGGAAAACUGAUGAGAAAAGCCAAGUUCAGUAACAAGUCUAUAGUUUUUGUUACUCCAGUCUUCUCCUUAAGUUUAGAAGCUCUUUU